CCGGCCGAUUCUCAGCACAUGACGACAGAAGUGUUCCGUGAUAGCUGUGGGCAAGCUCAGAUGGCUCGAGCCUGGACGGGGUUGAUGGUGGUGGCUACGCUCUUCCCUCCAUCAUGUCCGCCUCUCCUCAGCCCGCGGACGCUCAGCAGGACGGUCAGGUCGAAGGCGGCUCGCAGGUCGGCCACUCGCGCCUGCUCUCGUCCGGCUCGAAGGACGCGGACGUCAAGGCCAGGCCAGCCCCGCUCGAACCCAACCGCGACCCGCGACUCUUGUUGUCGGGUGGUGGAGAGUCGCCGACUGUGCCGGCGGUAGCGUUCGUUGCACCUGUGUCGCGCUCGUCGAGUACGAGCAGCCAUGGGCGCCCGCGGAAUCUCGUGACGAGCAUCGGUAAUGGUCUGCGGGCUUUGAGUCCUAGGAGAUGGGCGUCCUACAGGUCGAUGAAGAGCGGGAGCACGACAACCCAGGGUCAAGUUCGGGAGAGCCUCCAGUCGCAUCUCGUGGAAUCGGCGACGACAACGAUGUACAGCGAUAGUCCUGCGCUGAAGACGAAAUUCAGCUCCAACAUCAGGGCUCCGUCGCCCAUUCAAGAGUUGAACUCGCCACUAACGCCGACGUGGUGCUGCAUUGCUUACUUUCCCAAGCCUUCCCAUCGUGAAGAAGACCGUUCCUUCCUUACCGUCUCUCCCGGUCCCAAUGCGACUUUCAACGUUCCUUACCGGCGGGGAAUCGACGACCCCACCGGCGCAGCCACGCGCCUCCCGGCUAUCAGCCAGCGACGCCCGACCCUGCACAACCGAACCACCCACCCCGCCACCCACCUCAGCCAAGCACACCAUCACCGCAGCCUGGAACGUGAGCGCGAGCGCGCGCAGUCGCAUGGGAGGUGGGAAUCCGAGCGCCACCGCAUGCACCAUCCGUAUCAGCACAAUCCGAAACAAGACGCCCACAGCAGAUCGGAACACGCCAUCGCGCCUUCUGCGUCCACCUCGGCCCGACAUCGCGAGGAGCGGCCUCCCGUGAUCGACCCCGAGCUGCUGCACCCGUACUCGACGUCCACGGCGCCUUCGCACGCGAUCUCGCGCCCGCGCCCGCUGCCGCGCAUACCCUCGGCGCCGCACAUGCGCCGCAAGGUCUCGUUUCCCCACCAGGACGACGCGCGCGAGGGGCAAGGCAGUCGCUCGUCGACAGGCGAGAAGGAACCCGAUCGCGCGCAGCCGUCGAACUUCCGCGCGACGCAAGGCGGGGCGUACCUGUACGUCGGUCCCGAUCGCGAGCGGGGACGAGAGCGGGAUAAGGAAGCGGGCCAGAGCAAGCGAUUCUUGGAUAUGGACGACCACGCGCGGAGGGCUGCGGCCGCACUGGAGAACAUGGACGACCCGGAGGCGGCGAGGAAGAUCGGUUACGACGACGAUUGGAGGCAGGCGGACUGGAUGAAGGGGUUGCAUCCGUAUGCUGCUGCGGGUAGCUGGAGUUCAUUGACGAGAGUCGUUUCCGGGGAGGAAGGCUGAUCGCGGGCUUUUCCCUUUUACAUAUGGGGUCAACCGGGAUCCUGGGACGAAUGUCCUUGGGCACGUCCCACCAUUGUUGUUGUAUGGACUAUCUUCCCUUUGCUCGUUUCCAGGCACUGGAUUGUGGCACCAUGAACUGUCAGGGGCUGAGCGCCUGCUUAUAGUACACCGUCACGCAUCAUGAAUUACACGUU